CGUUCUCAAGAGUAGUUGCGCGUGCGCCGCGUAGGAGGCGAGCGGUCCGCAAGCGGCUGAACACCUACAAUACGAUGUGAUUUUAAAUCUACUGCACCACAUCAAAUGAUACCAAGACCAACGUAUCGCAACGCAGUUAUACAAAAUGGAAUGUUAUACAUCGGAUAGCUGUGACAGUGACACCAGGGAGCAGAAAACCCUUGAUUUGUCGAGUCAAAUGUUGGAGUCACUCAGCCUAUCGUCGGAACUAAAAGGCAUUGUUGACGAGAAGGAUUGCGCAGAAAAUUACGAGAUAGUUCUCCUCUACAACAACAGGAUAAAGGCACUGCCUGAUACGUUAAACAGGUUUAGCAACUUGAAGAUAUUGGAUGUAAGCAACAACAGACUGACUGUGCUCCCGGAUAUCUUCAAACAUUGUCAGCUAACGUCGCUGAUUGCAAAACAUAAUCAACUCACCAAUGAAUCGCUUCCGAAGUCGUUCUUUAGUAAUAAGAGUUCGCUGCGAGAACUCAAUUUAAGCGGAAACCAAUUGAACUUCUUUCCAGAGCAAGUUUUAGAUAUAGCAUCUCUUAGAUACCUUUACUUAGGUGGUAACAACAUAGUCAACAUACCAAAGGACAUAUGGAAACUUAACAGUUUGCAGAUUCUAUCUUUAGGAGGUAAUCAAAUUAUCGAAGUACCGGAAUCGGUUGGGCAUCUGACGGGGCUCCAAGCUCUGGUAUUGAGCGACAAUCUAAUUGAGCAACUGCCAGCGAGCAUAGCUAGAUUGAAUCAACUACGUUCCUUAUUAAUCCACAAGAAUAGAUUGAAGACAUUGCCCACGCAGAUAAUAAAACUAAAAUGUUUGACGGAGGUGAGUACCUUUUUUCUUCAUUACGCUCUAAUAUGACGUUGUAGGAGGGUAGGUACUUAUUUUCUUAUAUACCUAUGAACUUUAAGACCUUAGGGAAAAUAUGAAGUAGGUAGGUGUAGGUAUUAAAUGAUAAAUGGUUUACCGUACCUACGUCAUUCAUUACCUAUACUAUGAAUAAAGCAGACAUUCUCCUUCGAUCUCUGGGGUCCUGCGUUUGAUCCUAUUGUUGUUCCAACUUUAUAUAUAAAUCUAUUGUCUGAAGAAUAACAAAGUGCUAUACACGUUGUUUGUUUUGAUAAAUGCGGAAUGUGCUGAUGUGCCAUAUAGGUAGGUAUAAACCCAGAACACAACUGGGGAGCUAGGUACCUUUUUGGAGAUCGGUUGUUAUUAGUGAAACAACUUGUUGUCGUAGAUCGAAUGAAUUUAUUAGCCGGAGGUGGUUGUUUUUAUA